AUGAGUCGCAGCCGGGCAAGCAAAAAAGGAGCCAAGGCGCGCAAAACAAGUCAGCAAGUCAGCAAAAAACAUGGCAAAUCUCAAAAGGGAGGAAAGCAUUCUCAGAAAUUCUUGAGCAGACGAAAAUCCUCAAUUACGACAGAAAAAUUCCUGACGAUGAUGAAAGGAGACGAGUUGCUCAAAAGAUCUGUCGAAAUUCUUUCCAGUGCCGAGCGAAAACGACGGGCAGAUCAAGCUCUGGCUGAAAAGCUCGAAAAAGCGAGGAUUCAAGAGCAAGAAAAAGCAAGACAAGUUAAACUUGCUGAAAAAUCCGCCGAGAAAAUAAGCAAAGAUCUCGCCAAGCUCAGAGAGGAAAUGAAAAAACGAUACAAACAGUUGAAAAAGCAAGGAAAAGUUUAA